AUGGGGGUGGAGGCUCAGAAAGUGCCUUCUGCACGUGAGAGCCAACGACAUUUUGGGGAUACUGCUGAUGCUACUAAAAGUGCCAUGGUUAGUAUCAUAGGGCUCGACUCUGCUAAUAAGGUGCAACAGCUUUGUGAUGCUGUUCAUUUUUAUGUUGCGAAUUUCCGUUGCACUGUUCGGUUAGCUGUAACGGGUGCAUUCCACACGGGUUUUAUGGAACCAGCUGUGUCGAGACUAGAAGCUGCUUUUGCAUCAACAGUAAUAAAAACAUCCAGAAUACCUGUUAUUUCAAACGUCGAUGCGGAGCCUCAUGCAGAUCCAGCCACCAUCAACAGUGCACGUUCGAUUUUCUCAGAUAUUGAGAUAUAUUUUGUUUGA